AUGGCGCGAGACGCUAAUCCUUCCAAUGCGCUUCUCCUACAGCGAUUUCCACACUUACAUCUGGUAUCCAACACAGCCAAAGGACGAGGAGUCUUCGCCUCCGCUCCAAUCCCAGCCGGAACCAUAAUCGACGUCUCCCCAGUCCUGAUCUUAAGCAUCGAAGAAAAUCUCAACCACAUCGAACACACAUCUCUCUACCAUUACACCUACAACUGGCCCACCAAAUCUUCGGACGGCACACCUCAGAAAUCCCAAGCUGUCGUCCUCGGUCUUGGAUCAAUGUUCAAUCACUCGACUCAGAACCAGAAUGUCGGUUGGAAACGUGAUUUGGAUCGAGAAGUCAUUGUGUAUCGUGCUUUGAAAGAUAUUGUUGAAGGAGAGGAGUUGUGUAUCUCUUAUGGUGAUCAUUUGACUUUUGUUGAUGCUGAUAAGAAGAUGGAAGAGGAGGCUGAGGAUGUGGUUGAGGUGUUGGGGAGGAUUGAUGUUGAUGUUGAUGUUGAUGGGUGA